UCGGUGGGAUGUUGGCCAGUUAUCGCAACAGUCUUGAACUAAAUCUCGCACUAUGAACUACAUUUGCCUCCUGGUCGGCAUAUUCUCCUGCCUUUGCCUGGUGCAUUUCGGCAAUGCUGAUCCCUUUAUCUCCUUGAGAUCCAGCUCCAGGUCCAGUUCUCAGCAGAUGGUCAACGGUCAGUUGAAAACUGUCUACGACGUCAGAACCGAGCAAGAAGCCAACGAUCUCAGUGGAAAGAUGGUUCACAGACGCCGGUAUGACUUCAGAUCGGACUUUGCAGCUCCGCUCCACGAACAAAGUGGGUAACAAUUUGUUCAUCAGUAAUUAGUGAACAAGGAUGCGAUAUAUAUAUAUAUAAAUAUAUAUCAAAGUAGCAUCCAAUUCAUAAAUAAAUUCAGCUUGCUGAGCUGACUUGAAAUGCGGUCUUUAA